UCCUUCUUUAGGGGCACGCUAAGCUGGCCCCUUCGGGUGACAAGGGAUCUGCUUGACAUUCCCAGACGUCUGUCUAACUGGAUGCAUGGUUUUCUGCAUGCUACCAAUGUUCAUUUCAGGGACAAUGCAUAUAACUAUACCUACUUGUACGAACUCUUGAGCCUUGGUGUGCCAUUCCUCUGUGCUCUUCUAGAGGUACUUACUCAUAUGUACCGGGAAGCAGAGCUAUCACUUGAAAAUGUGCUUGAAUGGGUGAAAAAAUUCUAUAGGGUUUAAAUUCUUCUCCUUGUCUUGCUCAGUUGUGCCUUUCAGAUUUUCAAAAUUAACUCCUCGCUAUUUUCUUGAGGGUUUUUUUGUUUGUGUUUUUUUACUUUUCAUGCAACUUAAUGUGUGACUUAAAUGAACGGUGGAUUCCUUCUGAUAUAAACAAGGUGCAAUCAAAAUUUUCAAUAUAAAAUGUACUGUAUGUUACAGCAUGAAGGGCAGUGUCCAGACACAUUUCCAGAACACAGAGAUGGAUGAAGGAUAUUUUAUAGAUUUUCCCCCCUCGCCCCUGCUGCCCAUUUUAUCCUGUGAUCAGACCAUUGGGCGGUGGUACAUUUUAAAACCGUUCUUCUCCCUGUCCGUCCCCCCCCCUUUUUUUUUUUUGUUAGACCAAGAAAGAAUGUGCAUUCUUUCAGAUGUUUGGGGAAUAUUUAUGACAAAUGACUGGGUUUUGAAACCUGAAUAUGGCGCAUGCCUUUUUUUUUUCCUUGCUUUAAUCUUUGCUCUGGGUUAUGAGGUUUAUAACUUGCAUGAAUAUGUUUAAAAAAAAAAAAACAAACAUGUACUUAAUUCACAUUGCUCCUAGUCACGCCUUUUACAUUUCUUACAUGUGAUAGAUACCCUUUGUUGAUAGUGGGUAUAAUCUGUACUACUAAUUUAUUUGAAGUUUUGAAAUAAAUUUGAAGAGCAAAUCUUAGUUGAGUGAAGGCUUGAUUGAAACUGUAAGUCAAAGGAACUGGUAGUGUAAUUAGACCUGACUUAUUCUUCAAAUCAAGGCUUCCUCAUUAGGUGGCUGAUUCGAGGAAUAUCGAUUUAUGGAGCACUCAUCUGUAACUGAAAUCACUGCUGUUGUGCCGUUGGGUAGGCACUGCUCCUAUUGUGUUUCGGAAUUUUUUAAAAAUACAAGUUUAGAACAAACAACAAAAACCUACAAAUGUAUUCUAAGGAGAUUACUUCUUAGUUGGGUAUUUCAUUAAUUUCAGCGUAUAAAGCUGAUGGCAGGAAGGUGAAAUUCUGUAAUCUGGAGCAGCCAUUAAGUAAAUUUCUUUCAGAUGUCUCUCAACAAGGUCUACCUUAAUCAGAAGGUGUCGGGACAGGUUAAAUAAGCUAUUUAAUGGCAAGGAGACACCAGCAUCCCAAAUUCUGAUUUACUUUCAGCCUAGUUAGCCAGUGAGGUAAGCAUGCUCCCUGCCUCUCAAAUACUUAAAUGUUUAAAUUCAGAAGUUAACCAGGAAAUAGGUAAAUACAUAAACAUGGUAAUAUGUAUAGCCUAAAAUUAAAAGCAUCUGUAGCAUUUAUUUCUAGCCAAAAGAAUGUGGCUUAAAUAGUAGGAAAUAAUGUCGCAUCCAGUUAGUACCAAAGUUGAGGAUCACCUUCCAGUGGUCUUAAAUGACUGUGCUGCUUAUGGGCUGGUGGUUUUUUGAUUUUUUUUUUUUUUUUUUUUUAACAUAAUGUCUAAAAAGAAGAUUUGAAUUGUUUUGUUUCUUAGGUAUUAAAAGGAAAUAUGUCUUCCGUUUAAAAUAAAUGACAAACUGGAUUUUUCCUCUAGAUAGUUUGACUUUCUUUAAACUGCAAGGAUAAAACUUUUCACAUUUUAGAGUGCUUAUGUAUUUUGGGAAAAAAAUGUUAAGUAUAUGCACAGAACUUGAAAAAGUGCUUGAAGAAAAUUGGUUAGGUAUAAGGUAGCACUUGUUUGAAAUAAAUUGCCAUUAAUGCUCAAACAUGUAUUCAGCAAAAUUUUGCUAGGAUAUUGACUGGACACAGCAACAAUUAUAAUAACAUGGUGGGCAUCUGUAUAUAUGUAAAGAAAUUAUCUGUACCUCUUUUAUAGCAUUUAAAAAAAAAAACUACUUUGGAACACUGUAUACUUUUUAAUUAUUUGCUAAUGAUAGUAAUUGUUUCACCCUAAAAAGGAAAAAAAAACUGCAGUGCGAUUUACCGUGUUACUUCUGCAACACAGCAACCUGCUAAGUGGUAAAGUUUUAAAAUUUGCCUUGCCAUCAAUUUUGAUUUCAGUUUGUCAACAGCACAGUCUUUAGGAACAUUUUUGCCUGAAAUUUUCUCCUGCUGUUUACUACAGGAAAUUUUCUGCUUUUCAGCAGAGUGAGCAUAACGAUAAACUUAUAGAAAAUGGUGAUAUAGUAAGAAACUUGGAAAUCUCUGAUGUCCAAUGAAUUUAAAGCAAAUUAAUCUUGCUAGCAGAAAGUUUAAAAAUAAAAUAAUAAAAAAAAAAAGAUGGUAUUUGCUUUAUAUAUAUUUAUAUAAUGGGGAAUAAAAUCCCUACAUUCCCACAACAGAAUUCAGGAACUUGCAUAAUAAAAACAUUUUCCUAAUGAAUCUUAAUUACACUGCGUAUUCCACUGGGAGUUUGCAGGUGAUUCUGUUGGGAAGGUUUUUUAUUGGUAUCAAUCGAAUUGGUAGAUUUUUUUAAUCUCUUCAUCUUAAUAUUCUACUAGUAAGAUUCAUACCUAUUUGUCCUCAUUCAUGAUUUAAUGAAAAAAGGCAGUUUCAUUUUGGCGAAUUCUUCUUUGUGCCUACAUAAUCUUUCUGAUGCUUUCCUAUACAACCAAGUUAAGUUCUGUGUUUUUUUUCCUGCUGUCUUCUCUGUCAAUCUCCCUCGUUG